UUUUUGUAAACGUCAUUUAAACGUCAUCGUACUCGACAUAACCUCUUUUUUGUUAUUAAUAUUUUUUGUCUAAAUGUGAAAAUGUGGGCCGACACUUUGUUGAUUGUUUUUAUAUCCAUUUGUACGGCCUUAUUGGGCGAAGGCUUGACUUGGCUGAUGGUGUAUCGUACUGAGAAGUACCAGAAAUUAAAGACCGAAGUGGAGAGACAGAGCAAAAGACUUGAGAAACGCAAAGAAGCACAUGGCGAUUCGCUCGACAAGCAGCACAAGAAAAAGAUUGAAAGAGAAGAGGAACGUUUAAAAAACAAUAACCGCGACUUGUCUUUAGUAAAAAUGAAGUCAAUGUUUGCGAUUGGUUUCGCGUUUACUGCUUUGCUUAGCAUGUUUAACAGCAUCUUUGAUGGGAGAGUUGUGGCCCGUCUCCCUUUUAUGCCUUUGACCUGGAUUCAAGGUCUGAGCCACCGCAAUUUACCAGGCGAUGAUUAUUACGAUUGUUCGUUUAUUUUCUUGUAUAUCUUGUGCACCAUGUCCAUACGACAAAAUAUCCAGAAGUUGUUGGGUUUUGCUCCUUCAAGAGCCGCCUCAAAGCAAGGGAACAGCUUAUUCGGGCCAUCACCUGGUCAGUUCAAAUAAGAUUCUUGUUGUAAUUGUUUUCGUGGAAUAAUUUAUUCUUAACAUGUAGAUAAAUAAAUAUUAAUUACAACAAUA